AUGGCUCCAUUGGCAAACCAAAGCCGGAUUAAAUACACGCCGGUGCAAUCCGAAGACAACGGAGUCUUGGAUGGCCGCCCUCCUUCGCCAUCCAACUCCGCGACGACAUCGAACGGCGAAGUGAUAUACACGCCGUCUGUGUCCGACAGCCAUAGUGUCACCAAGAAGGAGGCAGUGGCGGAGGAGGAUUAUGCUUCGGAGAGCGAUGUCCUCCUAGACUCUCCUCCACCUGAAUAUCAGGACGUCGUCGGGGCGUCAGGCACUCCGGUCGAGGUGAAAAAGGGGGAGGAGAAUCCUCCCGGUGCUGCGAACGACGAUGCCGAGGCGGGAUGCCGAAAGGCUCGCAGGCGCGGUUGCUGUGGGAGGAUUCGAGAGCGCCCGCGCCACUGUCGAUCAGCGAAGAAGAGAAUCUGUUUUAUCAUUUUCAAGGUUUUCUUCGUGCUGGCUCUAGUUGGGCUUGUGGUGCAGCUUGUGUGCCAAAACAAGAAGAAGCAACAUCAUCAGCAUCACAAUGACCAUCUUGGACAAGACAGCUCUACCAAUAAUAGAGAAAUUGUGAUUCACAAGUCGUCUGAUGGCAUCUGGGGCCGAUACCCACUGUAUGACUUGCUUUCUCUGAGCACUAGAUCCGGCUCCAUUGCCGUAGAAGUCAUUCCGCAGCCCGCAGACCCCAACGACCCGGCCAAGCCCGCCAAACUGAUCCUCAACACCCGGUCCGGAAGCAUUUCGGUGCACUUUCGCACGCCCGGCAGCGACAGCUGGCAUGGCAAGCACCAUGGCGGCUUCAGGGGCACCUUCAAGCAUGAAUUUGAGCGGUUCAAAAAGGAGAUGAAAUCCGCAUGGCGCGAAAUCCAACACAUGCUCGAACACUCCCUCGAUACUAGAAGCGAGGGAGAAGAAGACAGUACAACUUCUACUGCUGCCGCUACACCCAUCCCCGCGCGGCCAUACGAGAUCGAAAUCCACACCCGCAGCGGCAAGAUCACCGCCAACGUCGCCUUCUCCUCGAGCGUGCACCUGUCCGCGCACAGCGGCAGCAUCGACGCGCGGCUCACGCCGCUCGUCUUUCGCGACCUGCCCACCACCACCGCCAACAUCUCCAUCGCCACCACCACGCGCUCCGGCAGCACACACCUCAUGCUCGCCGAGCCGCUGAUUUCCGGGACUGCCGCCAGAACUGCGGAAGUAGCAGUCGCGGAGGCGGUGCACGCGGCACACGGCUCGGGCUCGGUGCGCGUGUCGUACCCGCGGUCGUGGGCGGGGCGCGUGCGAGCGCGCAGCGGCAGCGGCGCGGUGCGGGUCGGCGGUGCAGACGUGUUUGUGAGUGCUACCGGGCGGCGCGAGGCCGAGGGCGUGAAGAAGGUGAAUGAGCGGCAGUCGGCGCGGAGCCGGUGGUGGGGGAGCGAGGGCAUGGAUGUCGAGGUGAGUGGGAGGACCAGCGGGGAUGUGGAGUUUUGGGUGCGCGAGGAGUGGGAGUGA